CUUAAGCCCCUAAAAUCUCUUGAUUCACAAUAAGCCUACGUAAACCUUUCUUCUCCGAACUCUCUCCCAACAACCAGAAAAUCUCCGAUCGAAUCAACAACCAUCACCAUGAGAAGGGCUUCAGCUCUCGCCACAUCUUCUCUCCUAUCCAGAUCUCUCUCCACCGUAGAUGGCGGCGGAGCCCUCUCCAACCACCGUCUCAUCCAAGUAGCUUUGUUCGCCACCACUACCAGUUCUCGCCCUCGUACUAGUACCCGGUGGUUCUCUCCCAUUGUUGAAUCUUUCUCCACUGGCUCGUCUAGAGCCAUGAUUUCAACUGGCAUCGCCGGUGUUAUGGUGUCUGGUGCUGCUGCGGUGUCUCUUUCUCAGGAGGUUUACGCUAAGGAACCUCCUUCGAAGGAAUUGGUCCCUAAAGAUGUUGUUCUUUAUCAGUAUGAAGCUUGCCCUUUCUGUAAUAAAGUUAAAGCAUUCUUGGACUACUAUGAUAUACCAUACAAAGUUGUAGAAGUCAACCCAAUUAGCAAGAAAGAGAUUAAAUGGUCUGAUUAUAAGAAAGUUCCUAUUUUGAUGGUUGAUGGUGAAGCCCUGGUCGACUCAUCAGUUAUUAUUGAUAAAUUGGGUGGCAAAAUUCUUCCAAACAAAGUAGCUCCUUCUGGGGAUGAUGAAGAGACGAAGUGGCGCCAGUGGGUUGACAAUCACUUGGUGCAUAUGUUAUCACCCAACAUAUACCGAAAUACUUCAGAGGCCCUUGAAUCGUUUGACUAUAUUACAAGCAAUGGUAACUUCAGCUUCACAGAAAGAAUUACAGUAAAAUAUGCUGGUGCUGCAGCUAUGUACUUUGUAUCGAAGAAACUGAAGAAGAAAUAUAACAUUACCGAUGAACGUGCAGCCCUUUAUGAUGCUGCUGAAACAUGGGUGAAUGCACUGAAUGGGAGAGAUUUUCUUGGUGGCUCAAAGCCUAAUAUGGCAGACCUUGCGGUAUUUGGGGUGUUGAGACCGAUCCGUUAUUUGAGGUCCGGGAAAGAUAUGGUAGAGCACACACGUAUUGGAGAAUGGUAUACAAGAAUGGAGGAAUCUGUGGGAGAGCCUUCAAGGAUAAAAGAAUGAACUGUAUUCAUGUAAAGUUCAUGAAAGCCGGGUCUCGACUCUCAGCUUCGCUUUUAAGUUUGCAGGGUUUGUGUCACUUAACUAUAAUGAUAGAAGAAAGAACACAAUUUUGGAGCAACAUUCUCUUUUGAUGAUUAAUCAUAUUGAAAAUUAGCAAAAUUUUGCUAUAAAAGUUUUUCUUUCUUAGAAAGUGAUACCAUUAUUAUCACAGCAGUUAAAUUAAAUUUGUAUGCAACAUAGGAAUAAAGAAAAUUAAGAUGUGGGUUUUGUGAUUUAGAAUACCCCAUUGAUUCAAACUAAAUACUAUUUGAUAAUUAUUCCUUGUUAUGAGUUACAUGCAAUUAUUUGAUGAAAAUUCAUUAAGAAGUGGAAUAUUUUGAGGUGUUA